AUGCAUCACGGCACUUACGACCUCGGGUUGCCACUGUCUCCAACGCUGGCAUCUCACAGCCUCCUAGAGUUACUACAAAACAGCGCGGAGCCGCUACCCCUUAACAAUUACUACGCAGACCUCCCCGCAUCAGUGGACUUAUAUCUGGCUCUCCUGGAGAAGCCCGCGCCACCACCACCGGAGGACCUGAAACCAUCAGAUCCAGAUUUGAUACCCCACAAGCAGGAGCCUCGGUUUGAAGGCGACAUGCACACGCCGAAGUGGGUGAGGGGGCACGGCGAAAAGCGCGAGGGUUGGUGUGGCCUGUGCAAGCCGGGUCGGUGGCUGGUCCUCAAAACUUCGGCCUACUGGUAUCAUAAGGCUUUUACGCACGGCAUUAGCGCCGCCACGGGGGCCCCCUUCCAGGGGCCUCUAGAUAAGAGACGAAUAGAUGGCAAAAUGGAUGUGUGGGAAGGCCUGUGUGGAAAUUGCAAUACGUGGAUUAGACUGUUCGGCAGGAAGAAGAAGGGCACGGCAUGGUUCCGUCAUACAUACAAGUGUCGUUCCCCUGCCAAAGUCAAAGAUACACCCAAACUGAAGAGAGACCGGGCGCAUAACGUGGGUAUGCCCCGUCCUCAUCUGUCGCCGAUUGGCCUCGCUGGUAUGUACGACCAGCAGCGAGUCCAAAGCACGACGCCAACAACUUUAUCUCAUGGUCUCGCGCCCGCGUGGUACGCGGCCAUGGCCGACGGCGAUGGUAUCUACCCGUCAAUACCGCAGUACAUGCACCCCCUGCAGCAGCACCCACACCACCACGAACCAACUAUUGGCUUGUUGAAGCCACCUUAG